CCCAGCUGGAAUGCAGAGGUCGCCGCCCGGCUACGGCGCACAGGACGAGCUGCCCGGCCGCCGCGACUGUGCAUGGGCCCCGGGCCUCGGGGCUGCCGCGCCCGCCGCGCCGCCCAGUCCGCCGCGCAGCCCUGAGCCGGGGCGCUAUGGUGUGAGCCCGGCCGGCCGCGGGGACCGGCCGGCGGCCGACGAGUCGCGCAUCCGGAGGCCCAUGAACGCCUUCAUGGUCUGGGCCAAGGACGAGCGCAAGCGGCUCGCGCAGCAGAACCCCGAUCUGCACAACGCGGUGCUCAGCAAGAUGCUUGGCAAAGCCUGGAAGGAGUUAAGCACUUCGGAGAAGCGGCCCUUCGUGGAGGAGGCGGAACGGCUGCGCGUGCAGCACCUGCGCGAUCACCCCAACUACAAGUACCGGCCGCGCCGCAAGAAGCAGGCGCGCAAGGCCCGGCGGCUGGAGCCGGGCCUCUUGCUCCCGGGCCUGGCCCCGCCGCCUCCGCCGCCGCCCCCGGAGCCCUUCCCCGCCGUGCCCGGCCCGGCCCGGCCCUUCCGCGAGCUGCCUCCGCUGCUGGGAUCCGAGUUCGACGGGCUGGGGCUGCCCACGCCCGAGCGCUCGCCCCUGGACGGCCUGGAGCCCGGCGAGGCCGCCUUCUUCCCGCCGCCCACGGUGCCCGAGGACUGCGCGCUGCGGACCCUCCGUGCGCCCUUCGCCGCCGCAGCCGGGGAGCCCAGUGGCGGCUACGGGGCGCCCCUGGCCGACGCGCUGCGGACCGGGCCCGUCCCGGGCCUCAACUACGGUGCCCCGGGGCCCUACGCCGGGCCGCUGUCGCCGCCCCCCGAGGCCCCGCCGCUGGAGGCCGCCGAGCCGCUGGCCCCGGGCGCCGAGCUCUGGGCCGACGUGGACCUCACCGAGUUCGACCAGUACCUCAACUGCAGCCGGACUUGGCCCGACGCCGCCGCGCUCCCCUACCAUGUGGCGCUGGCCAAGCUGGGCCCGCGGGCCAUGUCCUGCCCCGAGGAGAGCAGCCUGAUCGCCGCCCUGUCCGACGCCAGCAGCGCCGUCUACUACAGCGCCUGCAUCUCGGGGUAG